AUGGGCACUCGUUCGAUUGAAGGUCCAACAACAGGCUUCGACCUUGACACCAAUGUGGCCGCAACAUCCGACACUGUUAAUGAUGAGGUGAAAUCCGAACCUUGGUACAAGAGUUGGCUUUCUUAUCCAGGAAAAUUGUAUAGUGAUUUUGUUACGGCUCCGACAACAUUGAGCAAUCAUAAACAAAUUGCGCUUGCUUUGAAAAAACUUGAUGACCAAGCGAAGGAAUGUAAUAAAGAUAACAAACUACAUCCUGAAUUGGAUUGGGAUGCGACUGUAAGGGUUUCAUUGGAUUUGUGCGAAGAUGAAAAGAAUUUUAUACGCGAACGUAAAGAAUAUAUACGAGAUAAAUUUGCUAAAUAUGUUGGCGUCGAUACAAAUGAAGUGGAAAUUGAAGAUAUCCCAACAAUUGCUUUUGCUGGAAGUGGAGGUGGAUUUAGAGCAAUGUUAGCAACUACUGGUUAUGCUCAUGCAGCUUACGAUUCUGGAAUAUUGGAUCUUGCAACUUACAUAGCAGGCAACGGAAGUUGCUGGAACAUUGCAUCACGUUACACUGACAACGUACCCUUAAAUGAGCAUCCGUACGAAUGUUUAAUCAACUUCUACAAAAUUCGUCUCGCAUUGCCAUUUGCACAUCCAAGUAGUCUAUUGAAAAUAUAUGAACAAACAAAAUCCCCAGAGACAGCGGUUGAACUCACUUUUGGAGGGGUCGCACAAAAGAGGCAGACGGGAAUUGACUGUGGUCCUAUUGAUGUAUUUGGCUCGUUGCUUGCUUCGAGUCUUUUGCUUGGUAAUGACCCCAUUUCUCAACAUCCCGAUUUCAAAUUAAGCCAACAGAAACGAUUUUUGGAAGGUGGAAAGAAUGCGUUGCCAAUUUAUACCGCACUCCAUCACUGUCGUCCAUGGAAGCAUAUCCUUCCUCCGGAAGAUGCAGCUCUUGUUCCCAAUUACGAGGAAUUAUUAAAAGAACAUCAAAAACAAAAAGAUCAUUAUCUUUGGUUCGAAUUCACUCCAUUUGAAGUCGGCUGCGAUGAAUAUCCUGCAUUUAUUCCUUCAUGGGCAUUCGGGCGACGUUUUGAAUUCGGAAAAAAUGUGGAAAAAAUACCGGAACAAAACUUUGGAUUACUUGUGGGCGUCUUCGGUUCUGCUCCUUCUGCACCUCUUGCAUCUGCACUUAAACAAUUUGAAUAUGGUUUGCCAAACGGAUGGCUCAGAGAUACAUGGAAGCAAGUGUAUUCAACGUCUACGAAAAGAUUGAGUGAUCAUCAUAAAAGUGAAUUGGAAUCAUUCCGCACAAUACCACAGGCUAGAAACUACAACUUCGCUUAUCAUCUUCAUCGGCCUCCAUAUGAACUUGGCACUACAAAUGGACCUUACCUUGAUUUUGUAGAUUCCGGAGCGUCAAGCGAUCUUCCUAUGUAUCCAUUAACACAUCCAAAUCGUAAGAUUGAUCUUAUUAUUGCUGUUGACGCCUCGACCUCCACAAUAGACCACAAAUACUUUGAUGAACAACAAGAAUUCAUAUGCUUCCGUCGUGGACUAACGAGAACCCCGCGUGCCGGUAUGCCAAAUAACAAGUAUGUCGAAGUGUACGAUUAUACACCGAAUGGUAAAGAACGAGAUGGACACACGCCAGCAGCCACUCAUGACACAACGUUAGUUUAUAUGCCGUUUUUAGCAAACGAGAAAGUUGAUAAAGAUUUCAUACCAGCCACUAGCAAGGUCUGCGCGUUUAAUUGUUUUACUUAUACUCCAGAAAACGUGGAUUUGGUCACGAGAUUGGCGAAGCAGAAUUGGAGUGAAGUAGAAGAAAUUGUAAAGUCUGUAAUAAAAGAUGCAUGGGAAAAAAAGAAAAUUGCAAGAUUGAAUGCUAAAAAAUAG